CAACACACAAAAGUCCUCUUCUUCUUCUACAGGAAAAAAAUAUAAAAGUCAAAGUACACAUAGAGCUCGCCGCAUAAUCAAAUAUGGCCGCAGUUGGUACAGUCCGCAAUAACGAAGGUUUCGCCAACAGCAUCGAGACCGAAAGCCUCACUCGCUUCGCUGUUGAUGAACACAACAAGAAGGAGAAUGCUUUGCUGGAGUUUGUGAGGGUAGUGCAUGAAAAGGUACAAGUGGUUUCAGGCUCUCUGCACCAUCUGAAAAUUGAGGCCACCGAUGGCGGAACGAAGAAUGUUUAUGAAGCUAAGGUGUGGGUAAAGCCAUGGGAGAACUUCAAGCAAGUGCAGGAGUUCAAGCUUGUUUUGGACUCCUAGUUUGUCUUCAAGGUUUCUGCCCUUUCAUUUGUUUUUGUUGUCUUUUAAUCUCAAUAACUGCAGGUUUACUUGUUUUCGGAGAAUUGAUAUUGAUAGAAAGCAUAUAAGGUUGUAGAUUAGGAUUUAUGAUGUUAAUGCCAAUUUCUCUAUUCAACUUUAUUGUAACUGCUACUUUAGAAUUUUACUGGGGUGAUUACUCUACUUGAGAGCUUUAAUAAUGUAUUGACGGAGGGAUUCAAGGCU